CACCUACACCGCCGCCGCCGCCGCCGCUCCGCCGCAGUCCUCGCAAAGAUGGCGGUGCCGCUGCUGACGACCAAGAUCGUCAAGAAGAGGACCAAGCACUUCAAGAGGGCGCACAGCGACCGCUACAUCGGCCUCAAGCCAAGCUGGCGUAGGCCAAAGGGUAUCGAUUCUCGUGUCAGGCGGAAGUUCAAGGGAUGCACCCUGAUGCCCAACAUUGGAUACGGUUCUGACAAGAAGACCAGGCACUACCUGCCCAACAAGUUCAAGAAGUUUGUCGUCCACAACGUCUCUGAGCUGGAGCUGCUCAUGAUGCACAACAGGACAUACUGUGCUGAGAUUGCACAUAACGUGUCCACACAGAAGCGCAAGUCGAUUGUGGAGCGUGCUGCUCAGCUUGACAUCGUCGUCACCAACAAGCUUGCCAGGCUCCGCAGCCAGGAGGACGAGUGAAGCAUCAUCCUAUAGCUUACUACUAGUCUUGGCCUCUGUUGUUAGACAGUAAACCGGCAUUUCAGAUAAUAUUAUCACCGUUUUUGUAUUGCUGCUAGAUAUAUCAUCAUGUAUGAAGAAUCAAUUUGCUAUGACAUCAUGUGGAGUGCGCAACAAAUCUGAAGUCUUGUGCUUUGAGCU